AUGUUCUGGAAACAAUCGAUGGAACAAUUAGAGAGAGAGGUUUGUUCUAAGAAGCUUCUAGAACAAGAAGAAGGAGACGGAAGAUCUUUCGAGAAGAUAUCUUCCGUUGAACCCCCACUUAGUCCGCGUGCUACACCAGAAAAUAUUGAACAAAAAGAAGAAAUGUCCAACAUAUCGCAGAAAAUAUGGAAUCUUUCGAGGCUAUCUUUCGAUGGAAAUGAGAGGACAAAUUUUUUGUAUCGGCAAGAUCUUCAACGCCAGUUUCUCAUUGGAUGUCGCGAUGAUUGUUCCGUUCUGAGGUCGUCUCUUGGGGUAGCAAUGGGGUUGAAACCUUCAGUGGACUGUUCGACUUGCUCGAAUCACAACACUACGUUAUAUCCAACACCAGCAGAAAAUAUAACUAAGAUAACUUAAAUGCCGGAGUUAUUACUUAUUGGUUAUGUUGAAUAUUUAUCUGUGUAAAUUUGUAGUUAGUUCAUUUCCAAAGUGCAAUAUCAUUUGAAAUAUUUUUAAAUUAUUAUAUUAGAUUGAGGUUGUAUUAUGUAGAUAUAGGUAGUUAGGAACCUGAAGCAUUAUACGGAAAGUAUUACAGAAAUAGAAGUUGAAGA